AAACAGGGGGAGCACACUGACGUGACGACAAGAAGUGCAACGUGCCGCUGCUCGUGUCUCACUCGCCAUAAAAGCCACGAGCGCGAGAGUGUUUCAACACACACACCUACCUGAUCGCCACGAGCUCUGCAAACAUAAACGCCCUCUGCAAAAUUUGUGUUUACCCUGAAAACAUAAGUUUGGAUUCACUGCAAAAAGAGGGAGAACAGAAGACCUCUGUCUCAAUCGCAAUAACUGAUUUUCUCAACAGAGAGCAGGAUGGAGAAGAUGAAGGACAGUAAGGGGGACAAAAUGUCCUUUGUGACAUGUUACCUGAUGUUCUGCGUGUCCACGGCUGUCAUCGGCUCCUUGCAGUUUGGCUUCAACACAGGCGUCAUCAAUGCACCCGAUGUGAAAGUGAAGAACUUCAUCAGAAACGUGUCUUUGGAGCGCACUGGAAUGCCAAUGGAUGAAUCCACUUUGACAACAGUGUGGAGUAUAACUGUUUCCAUUUUCAAUGUGGGCGGCAUGAUCGGGUCUCUUAGUGUUGGCACUCUAGUUGACAAGCUAGGGAGAUGGAAAUCCAUGCUUCUGUCCAACAUCCUGGCUCUGAUUGGUGGAGUCCUGAUGGGUUUAUCCAGCGUGUGCCACUCUUAUGAGUUGAUAAUAGUGGGUCGUCUUGUUAUUGGUGCAUUCUGUGGCCUGUGUACAGGAUUGACGCCCAUGUUUGUGGGAGAAAUUGCUCCAACAGCACUGCGAGGGGCUUUUGGUACCCUUCAUCAACUUGGUGUGGUCAUCGGCAUCCUAGUUGCCCAGAUCUUAGGUCUGGAGUCAUUGCUGGGGUCUCAGUCUUUGUGGCCACUGUUGUUGGCCCUGACGGCAGUGCCUGCAGUGUUACAGAGCAUCAUGCUGAUCUUCUGCCCAGAGAGCCCUCGAUACCUGCUGAUCACUCUGAACCGGGAGGAAGAGGCACGCCAAGUGCUGAUACGACUUCGUGGGUAUUCAGAUGUGGAGGACGACAUUCGUGAGAUGAAGGAAGAGGCCGUGAAGAUGUCCAUGGAGAAGAAGGUUUCUAUUCCAGAGCUGUUCCGUAACUCCGCUUACAGGCAGCCUCUUAUUAUCGCCAUAGUCCUGCAGCUGUCCCAACAACUGUCCGGCAUCAACGCUGUCAUUUAUUACUCUACGGAGAUCUUCAGAAAUGCAGGUAUCACUGAGGCAGUCUUUGCCACCAUUGGAGUGGGUGCAGUCAACACUCUCUUCACUGUCAUCUCUCUCUUCCUGGUGGAGAGGGCAGGAAGAAGAACUCUUCAUAUGAUCGGUCUGGCUGGAAUGGCUGUCUGUACUCUGCUAAUGACCAUUUCUCUUGGUCUUGUGAAACCUACAGGAGCGAAGGCAGAAAUGACUGCUAAUGUGACUGCCAUCUCCGAUUCUGCAUCUGCAGGGGGAACUUCAGCGAUCAGCAUUCUGGCCAUUCUGGCAGUGUUCGGAUUUGUGGCCAGUUUUGAGAUGGGCCCUGGACCGAUCCCAUGGUUCAUCGUGGCAGAGUUAUUCGCUCAGGGUCCACGUCCGGCGGCCAUCGCUGUGGCGGGAUGCUGCAACUGGACCGCCAGCUUUCUUGUCGGGCUGCUUUUCCCGAAACUAUUGAAACUGUGUGAGGCGUACGUCUUUAUCAUAUUCCUCAUCCUCCUUAUCAUCUUCUUCGUGUUUACCUACUUCCGGGUUCCCGAGACCAAAGGCCGGACGUUUGAGGACAUCGCCAGUGGGUUUUCCAAUGCCGCAGGCUCCAGUGCUACAAACUAUACUUCCCCAGAGGGUGCCGUCACGAUGCCAGUAUCCCCAACAACAGACAAGAUUCAGAUGGCUGAAUUACCUGGCCACGAAAAUAGAUGAGCAAACCUAGAGAAAAAUAAAACCUAACCCACACAUACAGCCCACAGUAGAGAACAGAUGCAGCUAAAUAAUGGGCAUUAUUAGAAAGAGAUAGCGUGGUGUAUUUAUCAGGUAGAUCAGUGAGAUGGACUACUUGAUAUCACACAUCAGUGUUUUGACAAAUAUUUUCCAAUGUUACCCUGCAUGUGUUACAGAUAGCAGCUGUUCAAAUUAUUUGCUUUCGUCAAACCACUGUUAUUAUUGAGUUGGGUUAGCUCUGAAAAGGUGAUAGGGUUUUAAAAAUGGCCAGGUCCACUGACCUGGAGGUACUAAACAAUGUUAUGUUUUUUGAAAACCUUUUUAUGAUUGGCAGUUAUGAAGUCAUUAUGAGCUAGGAAGUGUUUGUUACAGAUGUUAAAUUACUGUAUGUUUAAUUAGACUUAGAGUUUAGUUGUAUUUUUAAGAUUACUAACAUUCUACUGAGCACUAAGCACUUGUCAGUAAUCAUGGCAAAUUCAACUGAUUACUUUGACUUAAAUAGUUGGUUAGCAAAAAGGAUUAAUUUAACUGUUUAAAUUGGAUUUUAAUUUCUAGAUUUCCAGUAUGUUUUGGGGUGUCCCUUACAUGUUCAUUUAUAUAUUUAGUAUAUAAUAUUAUAAUUAUAUUCUCUCUAACACGUUGUAAUAUAUUAAACAAUUUUUACAGUUACAUUUUUAAAUAGUGUUUAGAUAUUUGUACUGAAAAACAGAUCAAACUUAUUAAUGAAUGAAUGUCCAGUUAUGUAUUUCAGCAUGUGUUGCUGUUUAUGUGGAUGAUAUUGGUUGUAAAAGUCCCGCUGAAGGGAUGAAGUAUCAGUGUUUAAAUGGUGUUCAAAAGUUAAGUAUUUCUCAUGAUGACUGUCACUCAACAUGACUCAAUGGACAGUAUUUAUACAGAAUCAUAUUAAAGUUAAUUAUGUCACCAGUCAUCACAAGCACACAUUUAUUGUUUAAUAGCCCGAUUUGAGGUUUUUAACUAGGCUUUUGGUUUUGGGGGGUAGUUAAGACACUGUAAAAGUUGUUGUUUUGUACACUGUUUUUGCUCUACUGUGUAAAUAUAUAUUUUUGUUAGCACU